GAAACGUUUCUCCCAAGUCUCAUAUUGAAAUUCAAUGCUUGAAAUCUCAACCAUACUUUCUUAAUUAAAAAUAUAUAUUUGUUUUUCCCCAAAAAUGAAGUUACUGUCAUAACAUCUAUGCAUUAUUUAAUAUUCGUUCAUUCAUUCUUUAAGCUUCUCUAGCUUCCUUCCUCAUCUCAUCUCGUCCCAUCUCAUUCACACCACACUUUCGUUUUCAUCUCUUUUGACAUCAACAAACAAUAUUUUUGUGACCCUCAGUUGGGACUAGUAGUUAAAUGCAGUUUCAUCCUAACCAUACACUUUUUGAACUUUGAUUGAUAUAGUUUCUUCCCCCCGCACCCUACUCUUACCCUUUAUUUUUUUCAUUGGCCAUAUGGACCAAGAAGCUAAUCACAUAAUUGGGGUUGAAAUCGGGAAGUGCUCUGGAGUUUAGAGUUUCUGGGAAAUGGGUAUUCUUAAUUUUAGUUGUAAAUGAAUACCCAUUAACCGAAUUGUGUGAUUUUACUUAAUAAUGGUGGAUUUCAAGAUGUUUUGAUCGUAAAUCAUAAAGGGCCGCUCAUGGGGAGUUUUCUAGGUGGCUUCGUAUUACCUCUGCUUCUUUUGACAGGUGCUUUUAUCAACUGGAGCUUGAUCUCUUUUGUUGAUUUGAUAGCAUUUCUUCUCAUUCAGUUCAAUGCGAGAAAAAUUGGAUUUCGAAGGAGGUUCUUAUUGUUAUGGCCCAUCAUCAUUUUUUCUUUACUUGCUGUUCUUUCUGAGGUGAUAUAUCUUAUUAUUUGCACCAUUAAGGGAAAUAAAUGGAGUAUAGCAAAUGCCUGGUGGGAAAAGCUGGUCGGAUUCAUGAUAAUCCAAUCAUGGAAAUCUCCGAUGAUUUAUUUUGUAGCUGUGCAGCUUUCAGCUGUAGUUGUUGCUUUGCUUGAUUUGCAUGGAAACAAUUUGUUUUCAUGGCGUGAUUCCUGUUGGAGUCAUUUCUCGUCAGCAAUUGAACAUUUAGGUUCUCAUCUUAGGGUUGCUUCCUGCUUUUUAUUGCCUGCGAUUCAGCUGGUUGUGGGGAUUAGCCAUCCUUCAUGGGUUUCCCUACCAUUUUUCAUUGGAAGCUGUGUUGGUCUUGUGAAUUGGUCUUUGACAAGCAAUUUUCUAGGACUUUUCAGGUGGUGGAGGCCUUUACAACUGUAUGCAGGCUUCAAUAUUCUCUUAUUAUAUGUGUAUCAGCUGCCUGUCAAGUUUCCAAGCUUGUUAAAUUGGGUUGCUGAUUUUAUCGGUUUAUUCAAGAUUACAGCAGAUUCUGACUGGCCUGAAAUUUGUUCAAGCUUUUCUCUUGUUAUUUUUUAUAUUACGCUCUCUUAUUUCAAAUGUGAUUUGGAAGAAAUGGACUUCAUUAUGUCUAUGGGAGAAAGUAACUUGGCAGAACAACUUCUUCCUACAAAGCAUUCGUUUUUUAUUCGUCAACAUAGAUCUGGUGGAAGGCAUACCAAUGUUUUCUUGAGAGGAGCAGUUUUUCGGAUAUUUAGUAUUAACUUUUUCACGUACGGCUUUCCGGUGUCCUUGUUUGCUCUUUCCUUUUGGAGCUUUCAUUUUGCAAGUAUAUGUGCAUUUGGCUUACUUGCAUAUGUUGGCUACAUCUUGUAUGUCUUCCCAUCGUUGUUCCAUUUGCAUCGCUUGAACGGGCUGCUUCUUGUCUUCAUUCUAUUAUGGGCUGUCAGCACGUAUGUUUUCAAUGUGGCAUUCAAAUUAUUGAAUUCUAAACUUGGGAAGGACAUGGCCAUAUGGGAAAUGGUUGGCUUGUGGCAUCAUCCUGUACCUGGAUUUUUUUUGCUUGCUCAAUUUUGUCUUGGAAUAUUGGUUGCCCUGGGUAAUCUUGUGAACAACUCUGUUUUUCUCUACUUGUCUGAUGAGGAUAGGCGAUCUUCAAAUGACAACAAUGUUGUGGAAGGUAGGCAGGAAGAGACCAAGGUAUUGAUUGUGGCCACAAUUGCAUGGGGACUUCGCAAAAGCUCUCGUGCUAUUAUGCUGGCACUGAUAUUCUUCAUUGCCUUGAAACCUGGUUUUAUCCAUGCUGUAUAUUUGAUAUUCUUUUUAAUAUAUCUCUUGAGCCACAACAUCAGUAGAAGGAUUCGCCAGUGUUUGAUUCUUUUAUGCGAGGCUCACUUUGCACUGUUAUACAUUCUUCAGAUUAAUUUGAUCUCGAGUACUUUAGAGCAAAAAGGCUCUUUAAGUAGGGAAGUCCUCUCACAGUUAGGUCUCUUGAAACCUGAAAGUUCCUGGGACUUUUUGGAAAUAGCUUUACUUGGUUGCUUCUGUGCAGUUCACAAUCAUGGUUUUGAAAUGCUAUUUUCUUUCUCAGCCAUAGUGCAGAAUACCUCAAGCCCUCCUAUUGGAUUUAGUAUUUUAAAAGCUGGCCUGAACAAAUCUGUAUUGUUGUCUGUGUAUGCCUCACCCACCACUGUACAUACUCGUGAUAAUCCUUCAUAUGAAAGAAGAAUAGCAUCAUUCCUUGGUGCAAUUGGGCAGAAGUUUCUAUCAGUGUAUCGAUCAUUUGGAACCUACAUUGCCUUUCUGACUAUUCUUCUCACCGUGUACCUGGUUAGGCCUAAUUAUAUAUCAUUUGGGUACAUAUUCCUCCUCCUUGUUUGGAUAAUCGGAAGGCAACUAGUUGAGAGAACAAAAAGACGCCUUUGGUUUCCUUUAAAAGCAUAUGCAAUCAUGGUGUUUAUCUUUAUUUAUAGCUUGAGCAGCUUUCCCAGCUUUGAGGUUUGGCUGUCUGGAUUUAUAGACCUUAAUUUCUACCUAGGCUAUAACCUAGAAGCUUCAUCAUUGGAAAAUGUUUGGGAAUCUCUUGCAAUCUUGAUUGUCAUGCAACUUUAUAGCUAUGAGAGGAGACAAAGUAAGUAUAACAGGUUGGAUGAUUCUGAUACGUUGGAAUUUGGAUUCCUUGGGUUUGUUCGACGGUUCUUCAUUUGGCAUAGCCACAAGAUUUUGUUUAUGGCAUUGUUCUAUGCAUCUAUAUCUCCAAUCAGUGCAUUUGGCCUUUUGUAUCUGUUUGGCCUUGUCCUCUGUUCAACUUUACCUAAAGCUUCACGCGUCCCGCCCAAAUCAUUCUUGGUUUACACAGGAUUUCUAGUAACGGCUGAAUAUCUUUUUCAGAUGUGGGGUAGCCAAGCAGAGAUGUUCCCUGGACAAAGGCACUCAAAUCUGUCUAUAUUUUUGGGUUUUCGUGUAUUUAAGCAUGGUUUUUGGGGUCUAGAAUCAAGCUUGAGAGGAAAAGUGCUGGUUAUUGCUGCAUGUACUCUUCAAUAUAAUGUUUUUCGUUGGUUGGACAAUAUGCCUACUAGUAUUCUGAAUAAAGGGAAGUGGGAAGAACCUUGUCCAUUGUUUCUUUCAGCAGAAGAUGGUGUCAAUAGUGUUCCCAUUUUUGGUGAGGAAAAUACCCUUUCUGAUUCUGGAGGAUUGUCUGUAGAACAAGUUCGUGUGACAAGCAUUCCCUGGCCAUUUUCCUCUGGUUUGUCUCAAUCACCUAAUAAUAUGUCCUCUAAAGCACGAAGCUCUGAGGGUAGUGGCAGCAGAAGAUACUCAUUUGGCUAUAUUUGGGGAAGCACCAGUGAAAGUCAUAAGUGGAACAAGAAGCGAAUACUUUCCUUGAGAAAGGAAAGAUUUGAAGCACAAAAGAUUCUUUUAAAAAUAUAUUUGAAAUUCUGGACAGAGAAUAUGUUUAAUCUCUUUGGUCUUGAGAUAAACAUGAUUGCAUUGCUUCUUGCAAGCUUUGCGUUGUUGAAUGUCAUUUCUAUGCUAUUCAUCGUCUUGCUUGUUGCUUGUGUUCUUUUUAAUAGGAGUGUUAUACGUAAACUAUGGCGCAUAUUUGUUUUUGUAUUUGCUUCGAUUCUUAUCCUUGAGUACUUUGCCAUUUGGAAGAGCACGUGGUCUUCAAAUCAACCUACUGAGACUGGUGUACAUUGCAAUGACUGCUGGAGAAGUUCAAACCUACAUUUCAGCUAUUGCAAAUAUUGUUGGUUAGGACUAAUUGUUGAUGAUCCCCGAGUCUUAAUCAACUAUUUUAUUGUAUUCAUGCUUGCUUGUUUUAAACUUCGUGCUGAUCGUGCCUCCAGCUUCUCAGAGUCAUCAACCUAUAGGCAAAUGAUGUCUCAGCAGAAAAAUACGUUUGUUUGGAGAGAUCUCUCUUUUGAAACUAAGAGCAUGUGGACCUUCCUGGACUACCUGAGGCUCUACUUCUUUUGCCAUCUAUUAGAUCUUGUUCUUAUUUUGAUAUUGAUCACUGGAACCCUUGAGUAUGACAUCCUGCACCUUGGUUAUCUUGCUUUUGCUCUUGUUUUCUUCCGAAUGAGACUUGAAAUAUUAAAGAAGAGAAACAAGAUGUUUAAGUUCUUGCGUCUAUAUAACUUUGCUGUUAUUGUUCUCUCUCUUGCAUAUCAGUCUCCAUUUAUAGGGGAGUUCAGUGCUGCUGGGAAGUGUGAAACUGUAAAUUACAUAUAUGAAAUGAUUGGGUUCUAUAAAUAUGCUUAUGGCUUUCGGAUUACUGCAAGAUCAGCUCUUGUUGAAAUUAUUAUAUUUAUGUUGGUAUCUCUUCAAUCAUAUAUGUUCUCCUCCCAAGAGUUUGAUUAUGUGUCUCGAUAUCUGGAAGCAGAACAAAUUGGUGCCAUUGUGCAUGAGCAAGAAAAGAAAGCAGCAUGGAAAACUGCACAGUUACGUCAUAUUCGUGAAUCUGAGGAGAUGAAACACCAGCGUAAUCUGCAAGUGGAAAAGAUAAAAUCCGAGAUGCUCAAUCUGCAAGUCCAACUUCAUAGCAUGAACUCAACUGCAAACGGUUGUACUUCUCCUAAUAGUGAAGGCCUACGAAGGAGGACUACUUCUCUUACUUUUGAAAAGGAUGCUGAGACCCCUAUUAGAGAGAGGAUUGUCUUGAAAAAGCAGCAGACAGUUGAAAAGGAUUCGGCAUACCCGUUUGAAUUUCAAGAAUCUCCUGCUGCUCAGGACAUGGAAAUUUCAACAGAAGUUGAGUCUAUGAAGCAUUCAGUAGAGCCUCCUCAUUGUGAAAUUUCUGAAGUUGAAGAAAAUCUCAUUGAUAAGCCCUUUUUGGAUGUAGAAUCCAAAGACAAAAGUAGAAACCAGGCAAAGGAAAACCCACUAAUAUCAGCAGUACAACUUAUCGGUGAUGGAGUUUCCCAAGUACAAUCAAUAGGAAAUCAGGCUGUCAAUAACCUUGCAAAUUUCUUGAAUAUAACACAGGAGGAAUCUGAUCUGAAUGGCCAUUCAUCUUCUGAGGAUGGAUUAUAUGAUGAAAUGGAGAGCCAGAAAACAAAGUAUACGUCUUUGGGCCGUUCAUCUUCCCUUCAGUCUGAUACAAGUUCUGAUGCCACAAGUCUUCAACUGGGAAGGAUUUUUCGGUACAUUUGGUCCCAAAUGCGAUCCAACAAUGACAUAGUGUGCUAUUGUUGCUUUUUGCUUGUCUUCUUGUGGAACUUCAGCUUGCUUUCUAUGGUGUAUUUGGCAGCUCUGUUCUUGUAUGCAUUAUGUGUGAAUACAGGUCCAAGUUACAUCUUCUGGACAACUAUGCUAAUAUAUACAGAAAUUUAUAUUUUGCUUCAGUACUUGUACCAGAUUAUAAUUCAGCACUGUGGGUUUAAGAUUGAUUUGGGCCUUCUUCGUGAGUUGGGAUUUCCUGAACAUAAAAUCAUGCCGUCCUUUGUUGUUAGUUCGCUGCCUCUCUUUCUUGUUUACUUGUUUACCCUAAUACAGAGUUCUAUCACUGUAAAAGAUGGUGAAUGGAUGUCAUCUUCACACUUUAAGUUCUAUAAGAGUACUGUUACUGGAAAAAAAGUUCCUUUGACUAAUCGUUGGACUGACAGGGCAAUGGAGCUCAUGCACAUGGGAAAAAAUAGCCUGAAAUUAAUAUUAAGGAGCAUGUUUAAUUACUGGGCAUCUCUAACGCAUGGUGCAGAAUCUCCUCCUUACUUUGUACAGGUGUCUAUGGAUGUACACUUAUGGCCAGAAGAUGGUAUUCAACCAGAAAGAAUUGAAUCUGGGAUAAAUCAAUUGCUUAGAACCAUCCAUAAUGAGAAAUGCAUGGAAGAAAAUCGUAGUCUUUGCCCUUUUGCUAGUAGAGUCCAUGUUCAAAGCAUUGAAAGAAGUCAAGAAAAUCCAAAUGUGGCUUUGGUUGUUCUUGAAGUGGUAUAUGCCUCCCCUUUGAAAGAGUGUGCUUCGGCAGAAUGGUACAAAUCACUUACUCCAGCAGCUGAUGUGGCAAAGGAGAUUCUUGAAGCACAGAGUACUGGGCUUGUCACAGAAAUGGGAUUCCCAUAUUCCAUAGUCUCUGUAAUUGGAGGAGGCAAAAGAGAAAUUGAUCUGUAUGCCUAUGUAUUUGGUGCAGAUCUGAUUGUAUUUUUCUUAGUUGCCAUUUUCUACCAAUCCAUUAUAAAGAACAACAGUGAAUUUCUCGAUGUGUAUCAGCUUGAAGAUCAGUUUCCUAAAGAGUUUGUAUUUGUCUUAAUGAUAGUCUUUUUCUUGAUUGUGCUUGAUCGCAUAAUCUACCUCUGCUCAUUCGCCACUGCAAAAGUUGUUUUCUAUCUUUUCAACCUCAUCCUUUUCACGUAUUCAGUUACGGAGUAUGCCUGGAACAUGGAGUCUUCAGAACAUGCAGGUGGAUUUGCACUUCGUGCUAUAUAUCUUGCAAAAGCUGUUUCUUUAGCAUUGCAAGCUGUCCAAAUUCGAUAUGGAAUUCCUCACAAAAGCACUCUGUAUCAACAGUUUUUGACAAGUGAAAUUUCACAAAUCAAUUACUUGGGUUAUCGGCUAUAUCGCGCUCUUCCUUUCCUCUAUGAACUGCGGUGUGUACUUGACUGGUCAUGCACAACGACAUCUUUGACUAUGUAUGACUGGCUAAAACUGGAGGACAUACAUGCAAGCUUGUACCUUGUCAAAUGUGAUGCGGUCUUGAACAGAGCACAGCACAAACACGGAGAAAAGCAAACAAAAAUGACCAAAUGUUGCAAUGGAAUAUGCCUGUUUUUCAUCUUAAUGUGUGUUAUCUGGGCUCCCAUGCUGAUGUAUAGCAGUGGCAACCCAACAAACAUGGCCAAUCCCAUUAAAGAUGCUAGCGUUCAGGUUGAUAUUCAGACAGUGAUUGGAAGGUUGACAUUGUAUCAAACCACCCUUUGUGAAACGCUCCUGUGGGAUAAGAUCAAUUAUGAUGUUAAUCUAGAUCAUGAUACCAUUGAUUAUUUGGCUGCAUAUAAUAAGAAUGAUAUCCAGUUGAUCUGUUGCCAAGCUGAUUCAAAUACAAGAUGGCUAAUCCCCGAUGUGGUUCAGAGCAAAUUCAUUCGGUCCCUUGACUGGGACAUUGACAUGGACGAUAACAUGAAGAUGACUUUUACUUGGGUACUAUCCAGAGACAGACCAAAAGGGAAGGAAGUGGUGAAAAAUACAUGGAGUGUUGAUGCGCCUGAUCUUCCAGAACGAGCAGAUGUUCAAAAAGUUCUUAAUGGCUCUGUGAACAGCUUUAGGAUAAAUAAUGUCUAUCCAAAAUUCUUUCGUGUCACUGGUUCUGGUGACAUCAGACCUUUGGAAAUAGAGAAUAAUACUGUAAGUGGGAACCUUGUUAUGAAUCGUGCAAACUAUGAAUGGUGGUCUUUUCGUGAUAUCAAUGCUUUUCAAGGAUGUGGAGGUGUGACAGGACCAACAGCGAUUGUAGUAUCUGAGGAAACACCGCCAACUGGUAUCCUUGGUGAUACUCUUAGCAAGUUCAGCAUCUGGGGUCUCUACAUAACAUUUGUUCUUGCAGUAGGCCGCUUUAUUAGACUUCAAUGCUCAGACUUGCGAAUGAGAAUCCCAUAUGAGAAUCUUCCUUCCUGCGAUAGGUUGCUGGCUAUAUGUGAGGACAUAUAUGCAGCAAGAGCAGAGGAUGAGCUAGAAGUUGAAGAGGUCCUUUACUGGACACUGGUGAAAAUAUACAGGUCGCCACACAUGCUGCUUGAGUACACCAAAAUUGACUAGAGUUACAACACAAUUUUAUAGGCUACACCUUUAACUUGAUACACAUUAGAGUAAACCAAAGCACUAAUAAUACCAGAUACAAUGGACCAAAGUUAUGAAAGGUUCAUUAACUUUCAGGUGUUAGUGUUGACAAUCUGCGCACCUCACAUUAUUUUUGAGAUGAUAAUCAUUCAAUUGUUUUUGUUUAGCGUGUCUUUUUACUAAGGUUUAUGUACAUAACUAUAGAGUGCAUUUCUAUUUUAUUUUUUCUGAAUAUUAAUACGACAAAAAUACGUACAUAUAUACUUCUAUCAAAUUUAGACUGUACUAACCAAAAUGUUGGUUUGAUUCACUCCAAUUUUGUCGGUUUAAUGAUAGAAUGACAAACUUCAUA